GUCUUCUCUCCCAACUCUGCUUCCCCACCAGUCGCGCUAUUACAUGAUCUUCGUCUACACCCUCUAUUUGAUUGCGCAAUUCUUCCAGAUUUAUGGAGCGUCUUCUGAUGGCCUUGACCGAUUCCAUGGAGAAUCCUGCCGCCGCCGGUGAAUCCGUCCUCGGUUCUAUCAAAAUCGCUGUUUUGCCUAUUGCCAAAGUUUUCACCAUGUGCUUCUUGGGUUUUCUUAUGGCCUCCAAGUACGUUAACAUCUUACCUCCCUCCGGUCGCAAACUCUUGAAUGGGCCUCUCAAUUUCCUGUUCAUACAGUUGGUAUUCUCGCUUUUGCUUCCCUGUUUGAUAUUUUCUCAACUAGGGCAAGCCGUCACUCUCGAGAAAAUGCUUCAAUGGUGGUUCAUUCCGGUCAACGUUGUUCUUGGAACAAUCUCUGGCUCCAUAAUAGGUUUUAUUGUCGCUAGCAUCGUUCAUCCACCCUAUCCUUAUUUCAAGUUCACAAUCGUACAAAUCGGAGUUGGUAAUAUUGGAAAUGUCCCUCUUGUUUUGCUAGCAGCUCUGUGCAGGGACAAGUCCAACCCUUUCGGCGACUCCGAAAAAUGUAGCACUGAUGGCACUGCUUACAUCUCCUUCGGUCAAUGGGUUGGCGCAAUCAUCCUGUACACAUAUGUAUACCACAUGUUUGCUCCUCCUCCAGAGGGGUAUGAUGGUGAUGAAGAAAAUCUAACUAUGAAGAACCUUCCAAAACAUGCUGCUCCAGAGCAAGUUCCGUUGUUAAUUAAAACCCCCCCGAAGGACCCUCCACCUGCUCAAGAUCCUCUUCCUUGCCAGGGCUUCGAAACUACAAGAAUAGAGGAAUCAAAGAAAGGCAAGAUUAAAGAGUUCUUUAUUUUUCUCUAUGAAAAGUUGAAACUGAAGCAAAUCCUUCAACCUGCAAUAAUUGCUUCUAUCCUUGCUAUGGUCCUUGGUGCGAUACCUUUCACGAAGAAACUGAUAUUUACAAGUGAUGCUCCUCUUUUCUUCUUCACUGACAGCUGCAUCAUUCUUGGGGAUGCGAUGAUACCUUGCAUCUUGCUGGCAUUAGGGGGAAAUCUAAUAAGUGGACCAGGAAGUUCAAAACUUGGGUUCAGGACGACAGCCACAAUUAUAUUUGCGCGGUUGUUGUUGGUUCCUCCAGCAGGACUCGGAAUUGUCAUGUUGGCUGACAAACUUGGCUUCCUUCCUCCCGACGACAAGAUGUUCCGAUUCGUCUUACUCCUUCAGCAUACGAUGCCCACCUCUGUUCUCUCCGGUGCUGUUGCAAAUCUACGAGGCUGUGGAAGGGAGUCAGCGUCUGUCCUCUUCUGGGUUCAUAUUUUUGCGAUUUUCUCAAUGGCUGGAUGGAUGAUUCUGUAUGUCACCCUACUCUUCUGAACUGCCCUCUAAUCUCUCUCAUACGAGAUUAAUCUCUUCUUCAUCUCUGGCCGAUUCAUUUACCUGUUAAUAUGAAAAAAAAAUACUGUGUUAUAAUCUCUAUAGAGCCAUUUUCUCUGCACGAUGGGGACGGAAUGGUUUGACGUUUUGCCUA